UUCAAAUAAAAAUGUAACACCUUCAAGAAAAGUAAAAGACUUUCUUUCUUCUUCUUUGACCGACCAGCGAAAGCGAACUAAAGAAAGUAAAAAUUGAAAAAUAGAAGGCGCAAAAAGCUCCGGUUGAUUUGAAGUACGUCGCCGGCGCGUGGAGUGUUCACUUGUCUAAGUUUGCUGUUUCCAUCUCCGGCGAUCUGAGUUAAGUGAGAUUCGGUGUAGGAUUUUGAUUUGUGAUCAGAAGAUUAGAUGGUGAAGGAAACGGAGUACUACGAUGUGCUUGGCGUUAGCCCAACUGCUACAGAGGCUGAGAUCAAGAAAGCUUACUACAUCAAGGCACGCCAAGUUCAUCCAGAUAAAAACCCGAAUGAUCCUCACGCUGCACACAAUUUUCAGGUGUUGGGAGAGGCCUAUCAAGUGCUAAGUGAUUCAGCGCAACGCCAAGCUUAUGAUGCAUGUGGCAAGGCAGGAAUCUCAGUUGAUUCAAUCAUCGAUCCUGCGGCAAUAUUUGCAAUGCUUUUUGGUAGCGAGCUUUUUGAAGGAUACAUAGGACAGCUUGCUAUGGCGUCAAUGGCUUCACUUGAUAUCUUCAGUGAAGGGGAUCAGUUUGAUACCAAAAAGAUUCAAGAAAAAAUGAGGACUGUCCAGAAAGAAAGGGAAGACAAGCUUGCUCAGAUUCUCAAAGACCGCCUUAACGAAUAUGUGGUAAACAAAGACGAAUUUGUUUGUAAUGCUGAAGCUGAAAUGGUAAGACUCUCAAAUGCAGCGUAUGGUGUGGACAUGUUGAAUACAAUUGGGUAUAUAUAUGUAAGACAAGCAGCAAAAGAGCUUGGGAAGAAAGCUAUUUAUCUCGGAGUACCAUUCAUUGCUGAAUGGUUUAGGAACAAAGGUCACUUCAUCAAAUCUCAGCUAACUGCUGCAACAGGAGCAUUCGCUUUGUUCCAGCUGCAGGAGGAAAUGAAAAGGCAGCUAAGUGCUGAAGGAAAUUAUACCGAGGAGGAACUUGAGGAAUACCUUCAGUCCCAUAAAAGGGUGAUGAUUGAUUCUCUGUGGAAGCUCAAUGUUGCUGAUAUCGAAGCCACUCUUUCCCGUGUUUGUCAGCUGGUUCUUCAAGAUCCAGAAGCCAAAAGAGAGGAGCUUCGUGCAAGAGCAAGAGGGUUAAAAACUCUGGGGAGGAUCUUUCAGAGAGCCAAAACAGCUAGCGAGAGUGAUCCUCUAGCAAGAACUGAACCUCAAAAGCUAAACGAAAAUGUAAAGGAAUACGAUGAUGUUGCCUCUACAUCACCAAAAUCCAAUGAAGCGUCUCACUCUACCUCUGGUUCUCAGGAACCAAAAAGCCCCUACGUGGAAGAACCAAAACUCGGGGAGCAACAGUUCAACUAUUAUUUCCCAAGACCCGCACCACCACCUGGCGUAGAGAAACACACUUCGACUGGCUAUGAUUGAUUGAGAAUCGGAGGUAUCUGUUCUUGUUGCUUACUCAAAACCCUUUGGUAUAUAGUAGUAUAUACAGCAGUCUUAGUAAAUUAAUAAUAUUGCAGUUGCGUGCCGUUAAUGUAAAAAUUAUUCUUUUUUCUUUGGUUUUGGUGAAUUUAAUGUGAAUUCGUCUUGUUAGAAGAAAACGAUUGGUGUUGAAAGCACAUGAAAGAGCUCUUUUUUUUU